CUGAAUAUAAUCUGACGCCGCCAUAGUGAGAGCAGGCACGGACACUCUGAAUUCGAUUCAUGAAGAUCUCACCGAUGUAUUGUUUGCUAUUGACCCCUAUCUGGCGAGCUGGGCAGUCUGCCGGCGUGUGUUAGCGAUGGAAGACUGAAAUAUCAGCCAUAGAACACCAUGAUAGCCGCACUCUGUGGAUGACAAUAGCUGCUGUCCUUGGACAGUCAGGCAGGAGACAGUUCCUCUUUAGCAGGGUGGCCUUUGGAGAGGCUCAGCCAGCCCAGCCCCUUUUCCUUGCACUGUUUAUUUUGGAGCAAGGACAUCAGCUGCUGCAACUGUCAUUGACUCUUCAAUGAAUGAGAGCAGAGGACAUCUGAACAACCUGUGCAGUUGAAACCCAGAGGAUUUGGUGGAGCUGGGUGACAAAGGAGAGAUUUAAAAUGAGAAGCAGGAGCAAUUCUGGAGUUCGACUUGAUGGCUAUGCUAGACUUGUUCAACAAACCAUCCUAUGUCACCAGAACCCAGUCACUGGAUUGCUCCCCGCCAGUAAAGAACAGAAAGAUGCCUGGGUUCGGGACAAUGUGUACAGCAUCUUGGCUGUAUGGGGACUAGGAAUGGCAUACAGAAAAAAUGCUGAUCGGGAUGAAGACAAAGCCAAGGCUUAUGAACUCGAACAGAGUGUGGUGAAGCUGAUGCGAGGGAUUUUGCACUGCAUGCUGAGACAGGUGGAUAAAGUGGAAAUGUUCAAACACACACAAAGUACAAAAGAUUGUCUGCAUGCCAAGUAUAACACAGCAACGUGCAGUACUAUAGUCGGGGACGACCAAUGGGGUCAUCUACAGGUGGAUGCUACCUCCCUCUUCCUGCUGUGCCUGGCUCAGAUGACGGCUGCAGGACUCCGUAUUGUGUUUACUCUGGAUGAAGUGUCCUUCAUACAGAACCUUGUAUUUUAUAUUGAAGCUGCUUAUAAAGUUGCUGAUUAUGGAAUGUGGGAAAGAGGAGACAAAACAAACCAAGGAAUUCCAGAACUCAAUGCCAGCUCUGUGGGAAUGGCCAAAGCUGCACUGGAAGCUAUAGAUGAACUUGACCUGUUCGGAGCCCAUGGCGGACCAAAAUCCGUAAUUCAUGUCCUCCCUGAUGAUGUGGAGCAUUGUCAAUCUAUCCUUUACUCCAUGCUGCCACGAGCUUCCACUUCAAAGGAGAUUGAUGCUGGUCUCCUCUCCAUCAUUUCAUAUCCAGCAUUUGCCGUAGAAGAUAUGGCCCUGGUCAAUGUUACCAAGAAUGAAAUCAUCACAAAGCUUCAAGGGAAAUAUGGAUGCUGCCGUUUUCUCAGAGAUGGUUAUAAAACACCAAGAGAGGAUCCAAACCGAUUGCACUACGACUCCACAGAGCUCAAAUUAUUUGAGAAUAUAGAAUGUGAGUGGCCAGUGUUCUGGACCUACUUAGUGAUUGAUGGAGUUUUCAAUGGAGACAAUGUUCAGGUGCAAGAAUACAGGGAGGCUUUGGAAGGAAUAAUUAUUAGAGGAAAGAAUGGCAUUCACCUUAUUCCAGAACUGUAUGCUGUCCCAUUUAACAAGAUUGAUGAAGAAUAUCACAGCCCCCAUACUGUUGACCGUGUUCCUUUGGGAAAGACACCACAUAUGUGGGGACAGUCUCUCUACAUCCUGGGAUCACUUUUAGCUGAGGGAUUCCUUGCCCCAGGAGAAAUUGACCCUCUGAACAGAAGAUUCUCAACAGCUUUUAAACCUGAUGUAGUCGUCCAAGUUUGUGUCAUAGCAGAAUCUAAAGAAAUUCAGAAAAUGUUGAAAUCAAAUGGUAUUGAAGUUCAGUGCUUCUCCGAUAUCCUCCCAAUACGUGUGGUGCCUUCUAAAAUACUGAGCCAUUUGUACGCAAAACUUGGAUAUAACAAAGCCAUGAAUCUAAGUGGACGUCCAUACCGCCAUAUCGGAGUACUUGGAACGUCAAAACUGUAUACGAUCAGAAAUCAGAUCUUUACUUUUACACCCCAGUUCACAGACCAACACCACUUCUACCUUGCUCUGGACAGCAGAAUGAUUGUAGAAAUGCUCAGGACAGAACUGGCUUACCUAACAUCAUGCUGGAGGAUGACCGGAAGACCAACACUGACAUUCCCCAUCACUCACGCUAUGCUUAAUGAAGAUGGCUCUGACAUAGACCCAGCUAUUCUUUCUACAAUUAGGAAACUUGAUGAUGGGUAUUUUGGAGGUGCAAGGGUGAAGUCCGGAAAAUUUUCUGAUUUUCUCACUACUUCAUUUUAUACCCACCUAAGUUUUCUGGAUUCAGACUGUGAUGACAAGCUUUUUGAUGACAUCAAUAAUGGCUAUUAUAGCCCAGAUAUUGACUACGAAUUUAAUUUAGGAACAGUUUCAGAGGAUCAAAGUGAAAAAAGAGAAAAUCGUGAUGAGCUUGAUCAGUACAUAACUCACUUGCAGCAAAGUGUAGAGUCUACUACACAUCUACCUCCAACAUGCAAUAACUCCACAACAUACCAUGCAUUCAGCGCCUUGCAUUCCACACGCGAUAUUCUCUCUAUGAUCGCUAAGACAAAGGGCUUGGAAGUACAAAAUUCCUCUUUGUUUCUACCUUCAAAAAACUUAAAAGCUCAUCGAAGGUCUUUAAACCUACUAGAAGUUCCUAACUUGCACCAGCAUCAGAAUCAUGAAACUGAAUUAAAUCUGCCAAAAGAUGCACAUGGAAAUGUCGAUUGUAGCAGGCUUGCUGAAAUGCUAAAGGAGUGCCCCACACUUCAGGACCAGGCUGACAUACUGUAUAUUUUAUGUGUUAUAAAGGGUUUAGAAUGGGACACCAACUUGAAUGGACAAUCUGGAGUUACAGUCCACAUCCUGUUGAGUGAACUUUAUAGUAAAGCCGGGCUCAAUCGAGAAUGGGGAUUAAUCCGUUACAUCUCUGGGUUACUGAAAAAGAGAGUGGAAGUACUUGCUGAGGCCUGUACAGACAUCCUCUCACAUCAGAAGCAGCUAACUGUGGGUCUGCCUCCCGAACCUCGCGAAAAAACCAUCACAGCUCCUUUACCUCCCGAGGAGUUAGCUGCCCUAAUCUAUGAAGCCAGUGGACAAGAUAUCAGCAUUGCUGUACUCACACAGGAGAUAAUGCUGUAUCUAGCUAUGUACGUCAGGUCACAGCCAAGUCUUUUUGGAGAAAUGCUCAGACUACGGAUUGGGCUUAUCAUCCAGGUCAUGGCCACCGAGUUGGCUCGAAGCUUGAACUGCUCAGGAGAAGAAGCCUCUGAAAGUUUAAUGAGUCUCAGCCCAUUUGACAUGAAGAACCUUCUUCAUCAUAUCCUGAGUGGGAAAGAGUUUGGCGUGGAGAGAAGCAUGCGUCCUAUUGAAUCAUCGGCUACCAGCCCUGCAAUAUCAAUACAUGAGAUGGGUCACACAGGCGUUACGAAAACAGAAAGGACCGGCAUUCACCGGCUGCGGAGUGAAAUGAAGCAGAUGGAUAGUAGAUUUAGCACUGAUGAACAGUUCAUGUUUGGCCAUUCUGUUACCAGCAGCAUCCAUUCCUCGAGGUCUACGAGGUGCAGCAGUCCUUCAUCUCCAACUGGUACACUGUCUCCAACGGGUUUAAGUGGACCACAACUUGUGUUUGAUGAUCACCAAGGUCAGUGGUUGAGAAGAAGAAGGCUGGAUGGAGCUAUCAACCGUGUUCCAAUGGGAUUCUACCAGAAAGUGUGGAGUGUCCUUCAGAAGUGCCAUGGUCUAUCUAUUGAUGGGUAUGUUCUUCCUUCAUCAACAACAAGAGAGAUGACGGCCUGUGAGAUCAAGUUUGCAGUGCAUGUGGAGUCUGUUCUUAACCACGUACCUCAGCCUGAGUAUAGGCAGCUGCUAGUGGAAGCUAUUCACGUCCUUACCCUUCUGUCAGACAUGGAUGUGGAGAGCAUUGGUGGUAUCAUCCAUGUAGACCAGAUUGUCCACUUAGCCAGUGAUUUAUUUCUUCAUGACCAGAAGUCUUUGGGAGCUGUAGAAUACUACCUGGAACAGGACCAGGCUACAGGAAUCUGCAACCUUUUCUAUGACAGUGCCCCUAGUGGCGCGUAUGGCACAAUGACGUACCUGACCAAAGCUGUCGCCACUUACUUACAUGACUCUUUACCCAGUUCAAGUUGCUUAAUGCAGUAACAUUUUAUUCACUUGAAUCCACUUUUCCAUUUGUUGCAUUUCAGCAAUAAAACAUUUUCUCUAGGUAGAUAAUGAAUGAAAAAUACUUAGUUUUACUUAAUUUCUGUUAUUUAUUGUAUUUAUUUCAUUGACUAAUUGCAAAAUUAAAUCUAGUUAUAGCAGGCUACACAGCCUGCACUCAUUUGCAGGAAGACCAAUGAUAUUGUUGGGAGCAUUCAAUAAUUUUAAAGCCAUGUUACAGUUUUCUAUCUAUCAGGUGUUUUAGUUUAGCUUUUUUUGUUUGUUUUGCUUUUUUUUGUCGUUUAUUUGACUGUGCGUGUAUUUGUAGCUUUGCUAGUGUUAUUAAUUUAUCAUUAAACACAUAAAUUGAAAAUGUAACUGUUCUCACCCUUUGAUUGCCAGAAGGGAGAGCAAUGGUUUAUAUACCUCUCUGACAUUUAAAGCGUUAAAUGUUAUGCUCGGAUUCUGUUAACUUGUUUAAGUUUGAUGUACCUAAUACAAAUAGAGCUCACAAGUAUUUAAAGUUACUGGCUGAGCUUGUAACCAUCCCAUAGCCAAAUUUUGUGUGAACAUACUAUAAUAUAUGUAUGUGCAUAAAAGUUAUAGAUCAAAUGCAUAACCACCUGAAGGUGACCUUUUCACCCAUACUUUUGGAUUCUCUGAGAUUAAAGAAAUUGUAAACACCAUUUUUUAAAUUAAAGUGGAAAAAAUAUAAUGUUUCAGUAAAAAUCUCUGUCCCUAUAGAUAGAAGGACACCAGAGACCAGAGAGUGGGAUGGAAUAGUGAAUGUUUAUUAUAGCGUAAGGGAGGAGAAGCUAAAAUGUUAUUUUAGCAUUUAUCUACCAUAUUUUGGGAGUGACUGUUCCUUUAAAGGAACAUUUUAAAAACAUGUAGUGUAUCUUAUCAUCAUCUUUAUAUGUGCAUUCAUACUAUACUGGGUACAUCAUUCUCUUAGUAUCUAAAUACUGAAAUUGAUCAAACUGCAUCUGAUUGUUACAGACUGAUCCACAGGAAAAGAAACUAUGUUUUUUGUUGUUGUUGUUUUUAAAUGAAAUUCUUCAGAUUUUCAGGCAGGCGUUUGUGUUUCUGCUUGUACGUUAAACAAUUUUAGAAAAGUGAUGCAUAGGGAAUACCUCUAAUUAUAAAAAAUGUAUGGGCUUAAAUUAUACUUCAAAAGCUAAAAAAAAUCCAGCUCUACAAAUGGUAGAGUUCAGAAAAGCUCAACUUUAUUUUAACAUUUAACAUUCUGGGUGAAAUCACUCUGGUUAAUGAAAAGGCUCUCAUAGUUUUUUCUUUGAUGUCAUUGUCAACAUCACAGAAAAGACAGUAUCUUCAGUGAGAAAAUCAGUUCAAAUUAGCAUGUUAUUCAUGAAACCAGUGUAUCUUUCUUUCCUUGUUUUCCAAUUGCUACGUUCAUAAAAUAUAGACAAUGUUAAUUGCUCAUCUGUGUUAUGUUAAUACUGUGGCAGGUUUGUGUAAAUUAUGGGCCAGCCCAUGAGAUUUUCGUUCUAGUCUGACCACUAGUAGGAAAAUGAAUGUCCUCCUUCUAAUGUACAAAGAUAAAAGAUUUAGAUUGGGUUUCUGAUUUGAAUCCAGAACAAUUACAGUUUAUCAAACCAAUAAUUGGAGCAGUCUCCAAUUGUGGGUGCAUAAGUAGUUUCUAUAAAUGUAAAGUCUGGUCCACCAUAGUGACACCAUAGUCACCAGAACUGCAGCUUAAUAUAGUUGUUCCGGUGAGUAUAAUCAUUACCUUCAGGCAUUUUCAUGCAAACACUGCCUUUUCAGAGAUGGCCACUGGAGGUGCUUCCUGGGGCAGUGCUGCACAGUAGGCAUGUUCUAUAUGGAGACGCUGAAUUCUCCUCAUAGAGAUGCAUUGAUUCAAUGCUUUUCUAUGAGGAGGUGCUGAUUGGCCAAAACUGAGUUUGGCCCCAUCCCCAUCCCGUCUCCUUGACAAUUUCAGCCAAUCCAAUGCUUUGCCCAUAGAAAGCAUUGAAUUGGCUUAAAAUCGUAAAUUCUUAUGAUGUCACCAAGAAGGCGAAUUGGGGACGAGGCCAGCGCCGAUGGACCCACACGGUGUGGAAAUAAGGUAUGUUUUAACCCCUUCUAAUAGGGUUAAGUGGGGGGUAAGCCACCUAAAUGGUGGUUUUAAUACUAAAACACAUUUGUGUUUCUAACCCUAUAAUGUUCCUUUAAGGACCUGAGAACAACAUGUUGUAUAUCUUUGCAACACGUGUGCCCUGCUACUGAUUCUCAGUGGCCAAAAGUGUAAUUAUGUGUUUACUGCUGGUUUUUGUGCAGUAUUUAUAUGUCAACAUGUUUUCUUCUGAAACCUACAGCUAUGAAUGUGCUCAUGUAGCUGCCCCUAAUAGCAGGUUGUCAAAAAAUCUCAAACUGUGCUGUAAAGAUUGAAUUGCCUCAAAAUACUUCAUUUAAUAUGACAUUAUACAAAUAUGUGUGUAUUAAUAUACUUGAUCGAAAGAAGAACAUCUUAGCACAUUGUAUGUUUUUCAGCAAUUUGAAUGUACAUGUAACGGAUUUCAUCUGCGACAAAUUCUUUUAGCGCCAGAACAACAUUUUUUUUUUUUUACAUCUCUCAGGCAUUUCAAGGGUUAAUGCACAAUAUUCAACGGUGCCUAAAUAUACCUAAUCACGUUGCAAUUGUGAUUAUUCACUCAACCGGGAAUUAUAAUGGACUGGAGAAUCCUAAUUAGUUUGUCCAAGUAAUUGAAACUGGAAAAUCUGAAAAUCUAUGUUUCCCUGACCAAUUCUUAAUAAUUCCUGGUUAGUUGAAAAAACGUUAUGUGUGUUGCUGUAUGAUGAUGUUGUCAUGUAUACAGUUGAAAUGUAUUCUGUGUGUUGUUCAAUGAUUGUUGACCGACCAGUAAAUACAGGAAUAAGGUAUAAAAUUUUUCCUUAAGCUUACCUUUUGUCAUUGUUAUUUUGUUCACAAUUAGUUUGCUAUAGUUUACUUUGCUCUUUGUGCAAUGAAUAAAAAAUAUAUUUAUGUUAAUGUAAAUAUAAAAAGUAGUUAAUGUAUUGUUUAAAAAUUAUAUAUGUAUAUGGAUUGUGAAUGUUCCUCUUCAGUUGGCAACAUGCAUGUUUAAAUUGUUCUUUCUCCAAGAUCCAUUGCGAAUAAAUGGGCUAUAUUCCUAAUAUAUGA